GUGCUGCCUCCCUUCCUUUCCCUCCUCUCCCCGGGUGCCCUCGGGAAGCUGGCUGCUUCCUGCGCAGCCCUUCCGUCCUGCCUGUUCGCUCUCUUGCGGUAGUGAUGGCGACCGCCUCGGCUCAGCCCGCGGCCUUGAGCGCGGAACAGGCCAAGGUGGUCUUGGCCGAGGUGAUUCAGGCUUUCUCAGCCCCGGAGAACGCCGUGCGCAUGGACGAGGCUCGAGACAACGCAUGCAACGACAUGGGCAAGAUGCUGCAGUUCGUUCUGCCCGUGGCCACGCAGAUCCAGCAGGAGGUUAUCAAAGCCUACGGUUUUAGCUGCGACGGGGAAGGUGUCCUGAAGUUUGCUCGCUUGGUCAAGUCCUACGAAGCACAAGACCCUGAGAUCGCCAGCCUGUCGGGCAAGCUGAAGGCUCUGUUCCUGCCGCCCAUGACGCUCCCGCCACAUGGGCCCGCAGCUGGGGGCAGUGUGGCUGCUUCCUGAGUGCUGGACCGUGGCUGGGACAGGCAGGCAUGUAC